AUUCCUGGUAGUGCAUUCAAAGCGUCGCUCUUGGACCCCCGCGUCCAAUCAGCGACGAGUUUUAUGAUGACACCUUGGGAUUCCGCGAAGUAGUUUCUUUCAGAUGAGAACAGCAAACGGCGGUACAGAGUUGACGCACUUAUGAGGGAAGAAGGGAAUGACAGUACGCAAAGUUCCACGCUUUCCGAUCUGGUUGAAAUAAGAUCGGGAACAGGCACCUGAAUGCUAAUUCGAUAACUUGUGCGUGUAGACGCAAGCGAUACACGCUUUUAUUCUUCGCUUGGAACAUUAAUCAUCCCAGUCACAUUGGGAAAGACACGUGUAGGCGUGAAGCCACGUUUUCCGGAAUCAUCUGUAUCCCGAUGCGCAUAUGAUGAGAAUCCCGCAUUUUAAGUUUUAGUGUUGUUCAAGUAAUUGCACCAGGUUACCUCUCAGUUUCCAGUACAUUUUGGAUAAAUACAAAACAAUGACGGACGUUGAUACUGCAGCAAGGUCCUUGGGGCCGGUCUCAAACGCUGACCGCUCAGACAAACUAGCCGGCGAGCAGGGAUCUGAAGAAAGUCAAGAAAGCCGGACUCUGUUAAUGGUCGCAAUGAUUCUGCUGGACCUAAAUCAGUGCAUCCCAACCGGCAUCGGCGGCAAAUGCAUAGUGGAUAGUGAUGCGGACACUCAACCCGGCGUGAAGGAAAACCGGGAGAAUUGCAGACAGAACCCGAGCAGGGUGAAAAGGACACGGAACCGCGACAGGCUACAUGCAUCCGCUGAGAAGAGACACUGCUGUCCCUAUACUGGCUGUGGAAAAAUAUACGGCAAAUCGUCCCAUCUGAAAGCGCACUUUAGAGUACACACCGGUGAGAGGCCUUUUCAGUGUACCUGGUCAGGCUGCGCAAAGAAAUUCUCUCGGUCGGAUGAACUGACGCGACAUUUUCGUACGCACACCGGGGAGAAGCGGUUCACGUGCCCGCUCUGCGACAAAUGCUUCAUGCGAAGCGACCACCUCACCAAGCACGCCCGCAGACACGUCGGUUUCCACCCCAGUAUGCUCCAGGGUCCCGCCGGACGAAGACGACACUCUUCGACGUCUACAUCGUCCUCUGGCUCCAGCGAUCACAUGUCUGCUGGUGUUUGAGCAACCAUGUGACCACUGUACAUUUUGGAUGUCUCUCUUUCCUGAGGCUCAGAUCUUGGAGCCUCCGUUAUUGAGCUGAUGAUUAUAUGAGAUAUCAGACGUGUUACAUAACGGAAACUUACAAAAUAUGUUGUGCUGGAGUUGUCCAAGACAAAAACUGAAAUGGGACUGCUCAGUGGAAUGGACAGAUCAUCAGCUUUAAGCAGAAACAAUGUAGUGCACAUUUAGUCUGAGGAAUAUUUCAAAUCUAUAGUGGUAUUUAUAACUUCAUAUCACGUAUCACAAAUAUGAGAUUGAUUUCAGUACAGGGAAGCCAGGGGAUUAAUAACACAUCCCCUGUGACAAAGGGAAGUAAACAUAGCUAUUCUGUGUACAAAUAGGCUAUAUUGUGCUUAGUGAAACCGAAACACAGUUUAAUGAUGACUUUGAAGUGUCAAAUUUUGCAGUGGUCCAGUUACAGGAAGUGAGUAGGGUCUUAAAACGCUAUGAAUGUUUUCGGUUCUUUGUGUUAUUAACGAAGACAGCGGUUGACCUUAUUUCUGAAGAUCAAUUUUAUGUGAUUUUAAAACAGAUGGGUACUUAUGAGAUUAACUUCUUAUCUUGUAUGGUUUUACGCACACAAACAAGCUUUUGUGUUUUUUAAACAAUCAUAAUUAUUUGCGUAUUCAACAAUGUAACUUAUUUAAUGUACAGCAUUGCAAAUCCCGUUUAUUCAGAACACUUUUAUUAAUUAUUUCUUUUUGAAACUUGGUUUUUUUUUCCGAUCAGGCUUCAGAAGUGACGUAGUGAGACUAGCCGAAGUUCACUCAUUAAUAGUUUACCAUCGCCAUCUAUAGGUGUGUUAUGGGAAAACACAAGGUAGGAGCUGCGCCUUUGCCAUAUAUACACAUUGCACAACUGAAAAAGACAGAACAAAGAUUGUAUAUUUCUCCCACUACCUAUGGUUUCAUUAGCAGCCUAUAGUGUAUACAAUGAACUUGAGUAACGUAGUCUUUUAAUAGUUCUAUUAAUGCGUUUUCCAUUUUCAUACAAGUUCCACUUGACUUCAUAAGUCUUUCCACUGUUCAGCUGUUUACUUGAAAUACUUAAUGUUAUGUGAGUUUAGAUUUAGUUUGACUCUACCUUACCGAUCAGCCAUUGUGCUUUGAAAGACACAAGCACAAACAGAACUUUACAUGUGAAUCAACAAUUAAUGCAUCUGUUGGAUCUUUAUUCAGUAACCAUUGUAUAGAUUUUAUAUUUUAUGUUAUGAUAGCUGAUCAACAACCUUUUGGCUUUAGUAGGCUAUCUGUGCUAAUUUAUUGUUCAAAUGUUCCCAUGUGUUUAGUAGGUUGUGAUCCUGAAUUCAAAACACACUGUCAUUGUAAAAAUGCUCAACCUGUGCCUUGUUUUGAGGUUUAGAAUUCUUAGACUGCAGAAUGUAAUUUAGCAAGAUAUUGAGAAGUACUUUGCUGUAAUUUACAAAAAAUCUUCUCAAUCGUGUCGUGUGAAUGCCAGUGUUGUGAUGUGCAUAUCUGUGUCUUACAGACUUUGAGCCACUACCUUUGUACAUACAUAUUCUGUACUUUUACAUCAGUAUCAUGUAUGCAACAUUCAUAUUUUGGAUUUCAUUACUUGUAAAUGAUGUAUAUGAGGAUUAAUUAAAACAAAGAAGAAAAGUGUAA